AUGGAACGCAACAUACUCUCUGGGUAUAUCGAACCUGCUCAUGUCAGUGAAUUUCAAUUUGAAAAUCAGCGUAGAACAUUUGCAAGCUAUGGGUAUGCUUUAGACCCUUCAGUUAGUGAAACUGGGCAGACUGGAGUCGAGGGGUCUACAGAUGAAGGAAAAAAUCCAGAUGCUAUCAAGACCGCCUCUGUUAUCCUGAGAACUGAGACUUAA